GAACACUUCUUUUUUAUUAGUUAAGUUAAAUAAGAGGGCUACUUAACUACGAACAUCAAAGGCCAUGACAAUACUAUGUGUCAAGUCAAAAGUCAAAAUAAUCAACAUCAACAUAUCACGCCCUGCACUGACUAAUUCUAAUGUUAUUUAAUUAAAAAGAAAAUAAUAGUGCUCUUAAACAUGAGUGCCUUAUUUUACAUUUUCAGCAUUCUAGUAAUAAUUACAUUUAUAAAUAAAAGUGAGGCUGUAAGAUGUUUCCAAUGUAGUUCAGACGAGGAUGGGCCCUAUGAAGACAACUGUGGAGCUUACCGAAAGUUCAGUAAGCUUAGUCACAUAGCUAUAGAUUGUGCCAGCGAUGAAAGUCAUAUGCCAGGUUCUUUCUGCAUGAAAGUAACUCAACAAAGUCCCAGAGGGUUUAUUUGGGACGGUAGGUGGAGGCAGGUUAUCAGAAGAUGUGCCUCAGUAGCAGACACUGGUGUUACAGGUGUUUGUAACUGGGGUGUUUAUGAAAAUGGUAUAUAUUGGGAGGAAUGUUAUUGUUCCGAGGACGAAUGUAAUAAUGCUAGCAUUAAAAGUUUAUCAACCAUUUUAAUUGUAAGCUUUGUUAGCUUAUUGGCAUUAAGGGUUUUGUGAAAUUAAUUUAAUUAAAGUUAUUUGGUUUUAUUUUGACAAACUAGCAUAGAACCAAUAUGGCUAGACUUAUCUGCUGAAAAUGACAAAAAUGUGUGUGCAAACACGAAAUUAAUUAGCACAUUCCAUGUAAAUUUAUUAUGAACAUUUUUAAUUUUAAACUGUUAAAUUAUUUAUCGUGUGUGGGCAAAGGAGUAUAAGUCAAAUUUUUGGAUAAAUUAGUUUUAUCUAUACUUAGUUUAAAAGUCCUCUACUGAUUGGUCUAAGUCAAUACUUUCUAUUAGUUUCGAUUGAACUUUGACUUCAUAAUAUGAAUUACAAAAAUACCUU